CGCUGGCUAUAUAAACCGACUCUUCCCCUUCUUCUCCACUUGAGACAGCUUUCGGAAACCACAUCAGAAAUCAAUGGAGAAUGGGGCGGCGAAAUGUGAUUCCCGGGAGCGGAAACCCACUCCGCCCCUCACAGUUCGAAGUGUUCUCGACGCCCUUAUGGAAAACCUCGACCAAUCCGAUCGCCGCCCGGUUGUCCCCCUCGGCCACGGCGACCCCUCCUCCUUUCCCUGCUUCCGGACCUCUCCGGCCGCCGAGGACGCCAUUGUCGAAGCUCUCCGAUCCGCCAAGCUCAACUGCUACGCUCCUUCUUUGGGGCUCGACGCUGCCAGGAGGUCCAUUGCAGGACAUCUCUCUCGUGAUCUUCCAUAUAAAUUAUCAGCAGAUGAUGUUUUUCUCACUGCCGGUGCCAAUCAUGCAAUUGAUAUCUUAAUAACAGCCCUUGCUCAGCAUGGCGCCAAUAUAUUACUUCCUAAACCUGGUUAUCCAACAUAUGAAGCUUGUGCUGCAUUUAGGCAUCUUGAAGUAAGAUACUUUGAUCUUCUGCCAGAAAAGGGUUGGGAGGUUGAUCUAGAUGGUGUAAAAGUUCUUGCAAAUGAUAAGACUGUUGCUAUGGUCAUCAUUAAUCCUGGGAAUCCCUGUGGGAGUGUUUUCACACUUGAACACAUGAAAAAGAUAACUGAGACUGCAAAAACGUUAGGGCUAUUGCUGAUUGCGGAUGAAGUUUAUGCCCAUUUGGCUUAUGGGAGUAAUCCGUUUGUGCCAAUGGCUGUGUUUGGAUCAAUCACACCCAUUCUUACCCUUGGUUCUCUAUCAAAGAGAUGGAUUGUUCCUGGUUGGCGACUUGGUUGGAUAGUGACAACCGAUCCUAAUGGCAUCCUUCAAAAAUCUAAGGUUGUUGAGACCCUGCAGUCCUAUAUCAAGAUCACAGCCGAUCCUGCAACUUUUGUUCAGGGAGCUGUACCUCAUAUUCUUGAGAAGACUACAGAGGAUUUCUUUUUGAAGAUAAGAAACAUGCUCAGAGAAGCUGCUAACAUUUGCUAUGAUAAACUCAAGGAAAUCCCUUGCGUUACUUGCCCACAUAGACCUGAAGGAGCCAUGUCUACAAUAGUGAAGCUUGACCUGUCAUUAUUGGAAGACAUAAAUGAUGAUCUGGAUUUCUGUGUCAAGCUUGCGAAAGAGGAAUCUGUGAUUGUUUUACCGGGGUCUGCCAUGGGGCUGAAGAAUUGGCUCCGGGUAACGUUCUCUGUUGAGCCAUCGCUGCUUGAAGACGGCCUUCUGAGGGUGAAAACUUUUUACUUGAGGCAUGCCAAGAAGAAGUAACAUCUCUUCUAACAUAGGUCUUGAAUAUUCAGUAGUUAGGAACUGCCUGCAGAUUGAAUGUUUUGUUACUGAAGUUUUAAAUGGUGCUGAACCAUAUAUAUGUGGCUAUUCCGGUGAACCUUGGAAGUUGAAAUAAGCUGCUAUGCUAUGGGUUUUCAGCCUCAUCCAUUCUUUCCUUGCAGUCUGGGAAUGUGAACUUACAAAUGCAAAGCAUAGGAUUGGAUAGGAGAAUCUGUUCUUAGUUCAAAGUGGUUCCCAAGUUGACAGAACAAAAAUAUUCUGCCGAAGCUAGUAUUGAAGUAAGGUGAUUUCUUUGUUUUCAUUUCAAAUGAUGCUACUUCUUUGAAUUCACUUAAACAUUUAUUUAGAGACGUUGUAGAGUUAAGAUGGGUGAGCCGAUUGAAAUGCUUUUUUUUUUUUUGAAAUUCUGCAGCCACAGUGAAGUGUUGCUCUCUAUUAGGGGCUUUUUGGGAUGGCCUUCCAAUAUUUAAAUUAGAAGAAGAGGUUGUGGGUUAAUGGAAAAUUAGAAAUUAGAGAGAAGGCAAAUUAAUGAAGGAAAAGAUUUUUAGUAAGUUUUAAAAUAAAAUUUAAAGUUUAAUCAUUUUAAACUUGUCUUUUUGGUAAGAUCUCUUUCAUUCUAUCAUUGAUAUCAUAAUCUGUAAAUCUUAAUUGUUCAUAAGGUAUGGUAUAAUGAUAAUUAUAAGAGGGCAUGAAUU